UAUGGCUUUUGAUCUUUACCAUAAUACUUUGGGCUAACCACCCUUUGGAAAUACACGAUGGAGUUCUGGUAACACAUUAGGUAGGAUUUAAAAAAGGGAACAGUUGGCACAACUGGUAAGCUGACCAGACAAAGUACAAGUGGAAGGAGAGUAAAUCAUUAGCUAAGUAGACAGGCCUUGAACCAGAUCACUUCAGCGGAUGCUAACUUAGUAAUUCCCUCUUGCUCUGAAAUGAACUUUGCUCCUGUAAUGACCGACAGCUGAUGCAGCGAUAAGAGAAUGAAGUCUAUAAAAAUCUAGCUGGCACUUGGGAAGUUCCAUCUGGGGCUCUUCCUACCUCCCCCGCCCAAGGCUGGUCCUGCGGUUGAAGUGACAGCUCAUACUGGGAAGAUGCACUGUUGGAAAAUGAUGGCAGUCGUCUUGCUCUGCUCACUGCUGCUCAGCCAGACCCACUGCGCUUCCCUGCGCCGGCGGCAGCCUGGGCUGGCGAGGCCGAGGCGGAUGACCCCCUUCUGGAGAGGAGUCUCACUCAGACCCAUCGGAGCCUCGUGCAGGGAUAACAGCGAAUGCAUCACAAUGCUGUGCAGGAAGAACCGCUGUUUCCUCAGAACAGCCUCGGAGUGACCCGUCAAUGCUGGAGAACAUCCAUCACUGUUACUGCUAGCAAUGCUCCACUCUACUUGUGGAAUAUUUAUUGACUGUGGAAGAGCUGGAACAGUGAAUCAAGCAAUAAAUAUAUUGAACAUUUCUGUCAUACGAACUGAUAAAAGGACUUUGAAGAGCUGAAAGCACCUCCUAACCAAGGCUGUACUGCUGCAGCACGCGCUUCAGGAUGGCUCUGUGGCCAAGCUCAAUAAAAGGACUCUGCAUCUCAUGUUGGUUUUGUUUUAUUUUUUUUUUUGUUUUCUUUGUUUGGUUG